UGAGAAGCCGGCAGGGCAGGACCUGGGGAAGGCAGGGUGUGCCGGGGAGCAGCCGGGGAAGCACUUGCGGGCCCGCCCGGAGGGCGAGACGCCGCCGCUGCUCUGUUGCUCCAGGGGCUGAGGCUGCCAGGGCUGCGGCCGCCGCCUCCUCCGGGCGGGCGGGCGGAGUGGGGGACUCUCCAGGCGCUGACAUUUGCAGGCUGCCCUCCUGAUUGGUCCCCUCGCCGAGCUGCUCACGGGUUCAUUCAACUGUUAAGCACCUCCCCGUCUCUCUAAAGGACAUUAUAAUGCAAGAAGCCCCCUUUUUAACCACAAACCGAAUUUUCUUUCAUUUAGGUGAUCUAUAUAUAUCUAUAUCGCAUAGCUUAUAGCUUAUAUCUAUUUUAAAUAACUUAAAGCCGCUAAAAUUUGGGGGGGAACAGCUUUCGCCCUGGAGCGGUGCGCGAUGCUGUCUCACGCCGACCUCCUGGACGCCAGGCUAGGUAUGAAAGAUGCCGCCGAGCUGCUGGGCCACCGGGAGGCGGUGAAGUGUAGGUUGGGCGUGGGGGGCUCGGACCCCGGGGGUCAUCCAGGGGACCUGGCGCCCAACACGGACCCAGUCGAGGGAGCCACUUUGCUGCCCGGAGAGGACAUCACCACCGUGGGCUCCACUCCGGCUUCUCUGGCCGUAAGCGCCAAAGACCCAGACAAGCAGCCCGGGCCCCAAGGUGGCCCGAACCCCAACCAAGCCGGCCAGCAGCAGGGCCAGCAGAAGCAGAAGCGCCACAGGACGCGCUUCACCCCCGCGCAGCUCAACGAGUUGGAGAGGAGCUUCGCCAAGACCCACUACCCCGAUAUCUUCAUGCGCGAGGAGCUGGCGCUGCGAAUCGGGCUGACCGAGUCGCGAGUGCAGGUCUGGUUCCAGAACCGGCGCGCCAAGUGGAAGAAGCGCAAGAAGACCACCAACGUGUUCCGCGCGCCUGGCACGCUGCUACCCACGCCAGGCCUGCCUCAGUUUCCCUCCGCCGCGGCCGCCGCGGCCGCCGCCAUGGGUGACAGCCUAUGCUCCUUCCACGCAAACGACACCCGCUGGGCGGCGGCCGCCAUGCCUGGCGUGUCGCAGCUGCCGCUGCCUCCGGCGCUGGGCAGGCAGCAGGCCAUGGCGCAGUCGCUGUCGCAGUGCAGCCUGGCAGCCGGGCCGCCGCCCAACUCCAUGGGGCUGUCCAACAGCUUGGCGGGCUCCAACGGCGCCGGGCUGCAGUCGCACCUCUACCAGCCCGCCUUCCCCGGCAUGGUGCCCGCCUCCCUCCCCGGCCCCAGCAACGUGUCGGGGUCGCCCCAGCUCUGCAGCUCCCCGGACAGCAGCGACGUGUGGCGGGGCACGAGCAUCGCCUCCCUCCGCCGCAAGGCGUUAGAGCACACAGUCUCCAUGAGCUUCACCUAAUGCAGUGCGACCCCCAGCCCGCGCAACCCCCGCACCCCACGCACCCCAGCCCGGGCGGCCCGCGGACCCCGCACCCGCCCCGUCCAGUCCUGUCCAACCCCGCCCCCGCGCGCCCGCCUCGCCCGCCCGCGCCCCUCGGCCCCUCGCGCGUCCCGCCUCGCCCUCCGCCCGCGGCCGGCAGGCAGAAAGCAUCCUUCCCGCCAUUCUACUUACCAGGGAGUCGACUCAGGAUCUGAAAUCAGACACCAAUGGACUGGCUCGUGGGCAGAACACACACUCUCACUCUCGCUCACGCUCAGACACCACACGCGCGCGCGCACACGCAUCCACUGUGCACCUCGGUCACACACGGACGUGUUCACGGGACAGCACAAGGUUAGGGACUUUGUGGUAAGGAACAAGCAUCUGCUAUCGACAGCCUCAUCCGAGGGCCCCACUGAGAGGAUGGACCCAUCCUGGACUCUCGCUCUGGCCCCUUUCUUUCCUCCCCGCUACCCUGCCCUCGCCCAGCCCCAGGCACAUGCCCUCUAUUGGCUUGCAAAACGCCGCUUUCUUCGGUCUUAGUUUUGUCUGAGGGCGUAGAAGGGGAGCUUUCUCAGGAGGAACACGCCAGUGCUCUGGUGGCUGGAGUAGAUUAAAGCAGUUAAGCGAUGAAGCAGAGUGAUCUUACCCAUUUUGAUAAGUCUUUCUAAGGAGGAAUAAAAUUAACACGUAAGCAAAUUUUCCUUUUGUAAAAAAAGCAGAAGCCACAUCUCUUUUCUGGAUCCUUCAGGACUGGGAUUUGUUUGCUUCCUUUUCCGUUUCUCUUCUCGCUGCUCUGUGCCCUUGGUUACUUUGUGGUCGUCCGUCCUGUGGUCCUCGUGCCCGGCGGCCGCCUACCGGCCGCCCAUGGGCGCGCGCGGACACCUGCAACCCUCCAACUUUGUACAGAGAAACACAAUCAGCUCUUUCUGCAUGUGCUGGUCAAAUCCCAACCCAGAGAACAGAAGCGCUAAGAAUGAACAAACAUGUGAAAUAGGAUGUUUUGUGUAGAUAAAGCAUUCUUGUUACAUACUGGUCAAUUUGUGAUAUGUUUUAACUUACUGUCUGUGCUUAUUUAUGGAAUUUGGUUUUCUUAAUAAAUGUUUGAGCUAAUACAAAGCAUAUUAUUUGACCAUUCCGGACAAUUUUAAA